AUGGGUUUAUUUGGCAGAGGCGGCAUCACCUCCAGAAAUUUGCAUGCUCUGCUAAGGUGGAGGUCCAGAGUGGCUGAGGUUGGCUAUACCCGCCCACCCGCAGACGUCUGACCUCCCGCUGAGUCUGACUGGUGGCCCCUGAGCCGGCCCCCUGCGCCUGCCAUGGCCCAGCAGAGAGCUCUGCCGCAGAGCAAAGAGACACUGCUGCAGUCCUACAACAAGCGGCUGAAGGACGACGUCAAGUCCAUCAUGGACAACUUCACCGAGAUCAUCAAGACGGCCAAGAUUGAGGACGAGACCCAGGUGUCGCGGGCCACGCAGGGUGAACAGGACAACUAUGAGAUGCAUGUGCGAGCCGCCAACAUCGUCCGAGCCGGCGAGUCCCUGAUGAAGCUGGUGUCCGACCUGAAGCAGUUCCUGAUCCUGAACGACUUCCCGUCGGUGAACGAGGCCAUCGACCAGCGCGACCAGCAGCUGCGCACACUGCAGGAGGAGUGUGACCGGAAGCUGAUCACCCUGCGCGACGAGGUCUCCAUCGACCUCUACGAGCUGGAGGAGGAAUACUACUCGUCCAGCUCGAGUCUUUGCGAAGCUAGCGAUCUGCCUCUGUGCGAAGCUUACUGGAGGCUGGACCUCGACUCAGACCCUGCCGAUGGCCUCUCGGCCCCCCUGCUGGUGUCCCCGGAGCCCAGCACUGGCCCCCUACAGGCUGCGGCCCCUGUGCACCCCCACGCCGGCGGCCCCGGCCCCACGGAGCACACCUGAGCUUCCAGGGGCUC